CACUGACUCAUGGGACAGAGUCACAGAGUUUAAUAGCAAUGCUGUAAUCUAAACAAACAGCCCAUUUCUAGAAAGAUCUGAAGUUUAGGAACGAUUUGUUAAGAAUAAAGUCAUAAGCACACAAAUCCUCAUUAACGCUAUUUACAUUUUAAAUCUGGUGUCAGCAGGGAUAGCGAGCUAUUGCCUGCAUCCACAGACUGUACGGGAGCGUCUCUUUCUCUCACUCACACACACACACACAUCCUUCCUGGAUGGUCUGUUAAUACAGUAACCUCACAGUUAAAAAUGCACUUAAAAAUGCUCCAAAAGGCUCCAACAGCACAAAUACAGUCCAGCUGUCCAGUUAGCAGACAGCUAGCAGCUACACCAGCCUGGGUGAUCAUCCACUUGCCAGUCAAAGAGACCACGCCCCCUGAUUUAUACAGGUGAGUUUAGGAACCAUCCUCCCCCCUUGGAGUUGUUAUAAAGGAGGAAAUUAUCUAUAGAGACAUGAUGAGUUUGUGUAUCAGGCUUUAAGCAUGUUUAUUUCUGCUGCAAAGUUUUAACAUGGGAGUUUACGGGCACUGACUCACUGCUGCCACUGCUGGACUUCAGAGGAACUGCAGGGAUCUGUCUGCAAUUACUCUCAGUGCCAACAGGGGGAGCUUCAGGAUUGAAGUUUAAAUGUUUGUGCUCUAACUUUCAUAAAGUGAAAAUAUUCCAGAGGAAUGUGUGAUGGGUUGAGAUCUAUCAGGCCGAACUGUUCUGAGAUUAAAUUAUUCAUCUUGUUUUUGACCAUAUUGUUUCAUUUUCUGACUUCCUGUCUCUCAUUGUGACGUUAAAUGUUGUGAGGAGGCUCUUGUUUGUUUUUUCUUCACUCAGCUGAUGAUAGGCGGAACCUAACCCCUCCCUGCACACAAAGCUCCCUCCCCCUCCCCCCGGGCUGGCUCUCUGAUGACGGCAGCACUUCCUGAAACACCUGGACAGGUGAACAGCUACGGUGUUGACCUACCUGUCGGGCUGUGACCUGCUACAGGAUGAAAAUAGACCUCGCCGGCGGCCUAAGCGUUGAAACUCAACAUCUGUACGGUUGAACCUCAGACGGCUGAAAGGAAGACGUCUGAUUUCAGGAUGAGUGACUCUAUGAAGACUCAGCUGGUGAGCUCCAUCUAUCUGCAGGAGGUGGAACUGCAGGAGAAACCUGCUGACGACAAGCAGGACAGCAAGAACAGCAACAAUGCAGAUAAAACGUUCACAGUGGAGGAUGCCGUGGAGAAAAUCGGCUUCGGGCGUUUUCACAUUCUGCUGUUUGUCAUCAUGGGGAGCUCCAACAUCGUGGAGGCGAUGGAGAUCAUGUUGUUAGCUGUGGUUUCUCCGGAGAUUCGAUGUGAGUGGCGUCUGGAAGACUGGCAGGUGGCACUCGUCUCCACUAUGGUUUUUCUGGGCUUCAUGGUUUGUGGAGUGUUGGGAGGAUACAUCGCCGACCGAUACGGACGCUGGAAGGUCGUGGUCGGUGGCUUCGUGUGGAGUGCGUACUUCUCGCUGCUCACGUCAUUCGCACCGUCGUACGGUUGGUUCAUCUUCCUGCGUGCCAUGGUGGGCUGCGGCGUCGCAGGAGUGUCGCAGGGGUUUGUGCUGAAGACCGAGUUCAUCCCGGCGAAGUAUCGAGCCAUCCUGCUGCCUCUGGCCACCAUAUUCUGGAUGCUGGGCUCCAUGCUUAUCAUCAUUCUGGGUAUGCUGGUGGUUCCAACUUGGGGCUGGAGGUGGAUGAUACGGAUCUCUGUCACGCCCAGUAUCAUCCUCAUCUUCCUCUUUAAGUUUAUUCCUGAGUCGGCUCGUUACAACGUAUCAGCAGGAAAGACUGAGGCUGCCAUGAAAACGCUGCACUGGAUUGCUAAAAUGAACCGAGCUUCUCUUCCGCCAGGACGACUCGUGGAGCCCAUUACGAGAGAAAGAGGCAGCUGGAGAAUUCUGCUCAGCCCAUCAUUCAGGAGGACAUCUGUACUGCUCUGGUACUCAUGGUUUGUGGCAUCGUUUAUAUACUACGGCUCAGUGCUGAGCAGUUCAGAGCUGUUGGAGAAGAACCUGUUGUGUGUGAUCGAUGCCGAUAAAGAGCAUCAGGUCAAACAUCGCCAUGAGGACGGACUGUGUUACUGCAUCCCCUUUGGGUACAGUGACUACCAGACUCUGCUUAUCAGCUGCCUUGGAGAGGUCGCAUUGGUCCCAGCAAACAUCGCUCUGCUUAACGUGUUUGGACGCAAGAUGACUCUGACCGUACUGCAGCUGCUAGCAGCCUUUUUCUUUAUGAUACUCAACAUUUGCUCCACUAUGUUUGGCUUCACGGUGCUGCUGUUUCUGCUGCGGUCUCUGGUCUCCAUGAACUUUAAUGUGGUUUACAUCUACACGGCAGAGGUGUACCCCACGGUGGCGCGCUCUCUGGGGAUGGGUUUCUGUACGUCGUUCAGUCGGAUCGGAGGAAUGAUCGCUCCGUUCAUUGCUCAGGUGCUGAUGUCUCAGUCGGUGAUUCUGGCUCUCUGUCCGUUCGCUGUGGCCUGUGUGCUCUGCGCUCUAGGAAACUUCCUGAUGCCGAUAGAAACCAAAGGACGAGCUCUGCUGCAAAACUCCUGAUGGUGUCUCUGAACAAACUGCUGCUCUUUGUUAUUUUAUUUUGGUUACAUGUGUAAAGACUUUAAAUAUGUUACUGACCUCAGGUGUUGCUGUGCCUUCAUUAACAGCUCAAAGGGAAUGAAUGAGUUUGUUAGCAUCAGUGAAGGAAACCUUACAUUGUUCAGGUUGUCAGGCCAGUUCUGAGCUCGGUUUCUCUGGUUUUUGUAGGAUUAUCUUUCACCUCCUCCUGCACUUCACAUGAAUCAGCUGUGACUUUAUGCUUAAAAGAUUCAACAGUAUAACAAUGUAACAUUAUUUCUGGCUUUUUGUAUGCAAAUAAUAAUAAUUGUAUUUUAUAAACAUAUCCAGAAGUAUGUUAGUAGUACAGUAGGCUCUAACAGUAAUUCUGUAUGCUGAUUAAUAAACUCCAACUAGGGAACAAAGUGUUUGUGUGAGAUAU